AUGGGUGAGUAUUUGGAGCAUUCCAGCAUUGAAAUUAUUAUCGAAAGUAGAUUGCCAAUUUGGAUGUUAGACAAAGUUUACCAACAAAAAGGACCAGAAGUUCUGCCGCAAUCAAGCAGCCCAAUCCAAACGAUAGUAAAAGCAACUUCAUUUUGCAACGAGGAUCAGUGGGAUGAUGAAUGUCAAGUCUACCAAACAGCAAAGCAACGAAUGGAGCGCUUGAAAACAAUCGAGGAGUGCCUGAAUUGCUUACAAAAGGGCCAUAUAACAAAUACAA